AUGAAACUGACAUUGGUCCUUCUAGCCCUGGUGGGCUGUGUGGCCGCAUUCAGCGUGCCCACCUCGACAAAGGUGAAGAUCGCCGAUCAAGAAUUUUUGCAAAAGCAAAAGUUCUUCUUUGAGAUUGUCUACCGCGUGGAGGAUCCACUACUGUUCGAGGAAUGGAUCAAGUUGGGACAAAAAUUGGUCGUUGACAAGUCGCUAUACACCAACUUCGACUUCUAUAUGGAGAAAUUCUGGGAGUCUUACAAGCUGGGCGCCUUGCUGCCUAAGGGUGAAUUCUUCGGUGCUCUGGUGAAGACCCAUCACAAGCAGGCCUGGGGUCUGUUCAACUUCUUCUACUACGCCAAGGACUGGGAAACCUUCUCUCAGAAUGUCGCCUGGGCUCGCAUCCAUGUGAACGAGGGCAUGUUUAUCUAUGCUUUGACCCUGGCUGUUAUCCACAAGCCCGAGUUCGAAGGCUUCAUACUGCCCCAGAUCUAUGAGAUCUUCCCUCAGUACUUCUUCAACAGCAAAUUCGUGUACGAGGCCGAGAAGUUCGACUAUGAUGUGUUCAGCAAGUAUAUCAUGUACGAAAAGGAAUACAAGGACAUUCUGUACAAGGACAUUAGCGAGUUCAGCGACAACUUCUACUUCUACACCAAGGACUGGAAGACCUGGCAGUGGUGGAAGAUGAUGGGUCUGGGCGAGCACUGGCACUUCGAGGACAAGUACUUCCUGCGCGAGAACAUAGCUCAGUACAACAAGGAACCGAAAUACGCCGACAUCAUUAAGGAUGUGCAAAAGUUCUAUAUGCCUGUCGACUAUACCCGCGACAUUGACUUCUUCAACGCUGAGAGCAAGCUGAGCUACUUCACCGAGGAUUUGGGCUGGAACUCGUACUGGUACUACCUGAACUUGGACUAUGCUUUCUUCUUGGAUGGCAAGCAAUUCGGUCUGGACAAGGAUCGUCGCGGCGAAUUCUGGAUCUACAAUGUACAACAGAUCUUGGCUCGUUACUACCAGGAGCGUUUGGCCAACGGCUUCGGCGAAAUUCCUGAAUUCUUCUGGUACAAACAGGUCGAAUAUGGCUACGAUCCUCAGCUGAUCUACUACAACGGUGUUGGCUACAGCUACCGCAAGAAUUACUUCGAGUACCAGACCUACGGCAAAUUCGACAUUCUCUACCAGAUCCAGAACUUCUUCGACCGCAUCUACGAUGUGCUGGACACCGGCUACUACAAGACCGCCGAUGGCGUUGUCAUCGAUCUCCACAAGCCCGAGUCUAUCAAGUUCAUUGGCAACUAUCUGCAGGGUAAUGUUGAUACCUACGACAAGUACUUCUUCAACUACUGGUACGUGCUGUCGCAUAUGUACUUCGCCGAUGUUGACUACUAUGACUUCGAGGUGUUCCCCAAUGUGUUCCUCAACUUCGAGACCAUGCUGCGUGAUCCCUUCUUCUACUCCUUCUACAAGAAGUUCACCGAUGUCUUCUACAAAUUCAAGUUCUUCCUGGGACCCUACACAAAGAAGGAUCUGUACUAUGAGGGCAUCACCAUCAAGGAUGUGAGCGUUAGCAAGCUGACCACCUACUUCGACUUUGUGGACUUCGAUGUUACCAAUCUGCUCAAUGACAAGAUGACCUUUGUCGAUGGCAAGUUCGUCUGGGACAAGACUCUUUUGGCCCGUCAGGCCCGCCUCAACCACAAGCCUUUCAACUUCGAGUUCACGAUCGAUUCAGCCAAGGAGCAGAAGGGUGUUGUGCGCGUCUUCUUGGGACCCAAAUUCGACGAGUUUGGUCGCGUCAUCCCACUGAAGUACAACAGCCAGAACUUUGUUCAGAUCGACAGCUUUGUCUAUCCCUUCGUUGCCGGCCAGAACACCAUCAAGCGCAGCUCCAAGGAGUUCACCUACACCGCUGAGGAUCGCGCCACCUACACUGAACUCUACAAGUACGUCCAGCUGGCCAGCGAAGGCAAAUACAAAUUCCCAUUGGACAUUAGUGAGCCGCACAACGCCUUCCCCGAUCGUCUGGUGCUGCCACGCGGUUGGGAGCAGGGCUUGCCCAUGCAGUUCUACUUCUUUGUCUCGCCCUACACCGAGGAUUAUGAACAAUUCUCCAACUUCGACUACGCCUACCAGGCUGGCGUUGGCUCCGGCACCCGCUUUGUGGACAGCAAACCAUUCGGCUAUCCCUUCGAUCGCUCUGUCGAUGAGUACAGCUUCUUCGUGCCCAACGGUUACUUCAAGGACGUCAAGAUCUACUAUGUCGACACCUUUGCCAAGUACUUCGAGAAGAAGUAUGAGAACUACGGCGUGUUCGACUACUCCGUGGAGUACUAG